AUGUCGCUUGACAGUUACUUUGAAGCUUUGAAACUCAAUACCGGUGCUAGCCACUUUGUUAUCGCUGAAGACCGUGCUGUCCGAACCGUCGACAAGAAAAUGGAAUCGCGACGACCAAGUCUGAAGAGCACAACAACGAGGACACCACCGGAAAGGUUCGCCACUGCUGGGUGUGAUCAGCCACUUUGUUGUCCAAUGCGGCAUCGGGCUCCCAGUCUUGACGACUCCGAUCGAAGUGUCAACUUGGAUGGGUCUUUCCGAUUUUGUGAGAAACCAUCAGGUUCAAGGUGGUCACCCCCUACAUUCCGAAAGCCGCACGUUUCAAAUGACGCCACUACCCAAUCUCGGCGAAGCAGUUUCAACUCUUCAUCUCGAUCAAGAUGA